AAUCAAGCGAAAUUUAACUCUGUCAGUCUCUGCAUGGAAUCCUUAUGGGCGCGCUUUUCAAAAUCAAGCGAGCGAUGUUUCAUAUCAAGUAGUUUAGCUUGAAGGCAAGAGUUGAAUUGUGAUGUGUCAGUCUCCUACAGUACUAUGGCGUUGUUUUCGUUUCCACUGCAGAUAUCAGUCCGGCAAGUUUUUCCUGUCAAAUUCGGCUUUAAACACAGCAAUGAUUGGAUUGAGGUCGAACGAACGUAACACAUCGACGACAUGUGCACCACAACUAGUUAUUGUGGAAGGAAACAUCGGGGUUGGCAAAUCCACUCUGUCUUGUCAGUUAGCUAGAAAGCUCAACUAUCGCGUCUUUUUGGAACCCACAACGAAGAAUCCUUACCUGGAAAAGUUCUACAAGGAUCCGAAGAGAUAUGCUUUGAAACUACAGUUAUGGAUCUUCAAACAACGAUUCAGGACUUACAUUGCAGCAACCAAACAUGUCCUUCAAACCGGUGGGUAGCUUCUGUGCAGUCAAACUUUCUAUGCUAUCAGAGCAAUUUUACCUGAUUUUUUUUUUGAGAACUGCUAUUUAUUAACAAAUUAAAGAAAUUGGAUCGUUAUAGAUCUCCAUUUUGUAAGAAGAAAACAUUCUGAUCUUUUUCAGAACUCUAAAAUAUCUUUGGAGCUUAAACCCUUGUUCAGGAAAGCCAGGAGAUACUUACCUUUAACUGGAGCAUGUGAUGAAUCUCUCAUUUAAAUGUUGUUAACAUGUUGCCUAGAGAGGCAGCAAAUAAAAGGUCCUUAGUUAUCAGCAUAUAAAAGCUUUUUUAGGUGUAAGAAUGGACUAAAAAAUCUUCACACUAUGGUUGAAUAUGCCCUGUGAAACUUAUAUUUUAUUCCACAGGCAAUAAAUGUAUUUGUUUAUCAUUUAAUCACUCACAUCAGUCUCACAUGUGCCAUGAAAUUGAAUUCACUAACAUGUGAAUGUGAUAAAUCUCAUUAUGUCAAUAUUUUUUACAGGCCAAGGAGUGCUGUUAGAUAGAUCAGUUUUCAGUGAUACAGUAUUUGCUGACGUGAAUUUUCAACAAGGGACAAUAUCUCUAGAAGGUAUGAAGUCUCUUAGGCCUCACUCCUUAUGUGGAGAAUGUUAUAACUUUCCUCCAGUAAGCACCCAUGCUCUAACAAGUGCCUUCCCCUGAUUAAGCACCCACUCCCCUAGGCCUUAAUAUCAAACAAGUGCCCCGUGUCAAGUAAGUGUCCCCCUUCUUCUGUCACUCUCUUAAAUGGAAGAGAUACAAGGAAAACCUAUUUCUAUUACCACUUUCCUUUUACCUUUCUAAGCUUCAAUUAAAGUAGAAUCAGCUCAGGUUAAUAAUAAGUGUAUAAAUUGUACAUUCAAUUGUAUUCUUUUGUACUCAUAUAAAUUAGCCCAACUAUCUCAUCUUUGGGUUGUGGUUUUAAUGUCUCUCAAAGAUACUGACUUGGCCAGGUGGGCUAAUCUUCAUGAAUACAAAAGAAUACUAAUCAAGUCCACCAUUUAUGCAUAAUGUCUAUAGUAUACAGCAAAGCUGAUUGGUUGUGAAUGUCACAAUCCAAAUGCAGUCAAACUGUUGCUAAAUCUCAUUUGUGUAACUAGCUACAAGAAAUUGAUGAGAUUUUAAAUUGUUUUUAAUCUGUGGUCUUGUAAUAACUGGUAAUCCUUCUGUACAUGAUCUAUAGUUUAGAUUAAUUAGCUAAACAGUAUAUUAAACUGGCAUUAAGAGGGAAUGAUUGAAAGGUGUUAUUUAUAAUUGAAACACAGCUUUAGGCAGUACAUGUUCAUAAUCAGACCACUUUGAUGUUGUCGUGCAUGGAUUUCCAUGAAACCAUGCAGAUCGUAACUUAGCAUGAUAAAAAGUUGGGUCAAACAUAAAUUUACAAGUGGUUUUUGAAAAAAGUGAAGAGGUGGUAAUUCAGUGUUUAAUUGGGUCCUGAAUUUAAGUGGAAUACAAUUAAAAUUGUUUCAUUAAUCAUUGCAUCACCAGAGAUUGAUAAUUUUUGACAUCUUAAAUUUCAUUUUGUGAUAGGUUAUGAAUAUUACAAGGACUUGAAGAAAAAAGCUUUACAGUCAGUUCCAGUUCCUCACACCACCCUGUAUCUUGAUGUCUCUCCUGAGACUUGCCAUGAGCGCAUCCGUAGACGAGGAAGGGUAUUGAACAGUAAAUUUCUAUAUUAACAUUUAUUUCUCAUAGCAGAGUUGAGAGGAAAAAGACCCUCUGACUUGUUAACCAAACCUGAAAUAACUUUCUCUUCCUAAAAAUGCAUCUUAAUUAAUCUUAUAAUUGAAUGAGAUAGUUGUGGAACUUAUUAAAUUUAUUUAUUUUUUAUUUUUUUUAUUUUUUAUGAUAACUACCAGUUGUUCACAAAGUUAUAGCAGCAACUUAAAGAAGUCUGUAGAUUUUACUUUUUCUAUCCAUCCUUUCCCUUUCUGGGAAAAGAGACCUUUUGUCUGAUCAUUUUCUCAACGUGAUCAGCGUUAGCCCUUCAACCCUUAUGGGUGACCAAGACCAUUUCUCCUUACAACAUCUAAAUAAUAUCAAGCAGACAAGUGAUGACAAUGAGGACAAAUCUCAGUGAGCAGAUUACUGGUUGAUCCAAUUCAAAAUUCUCUGAAGUGACAUCAUGAGAAGUGUAUGACAGACAGCAAGGAGAAUCACUAAGUGAUGAGAUCUUGGGAGUGAAAGGGUUCAAUCAGCCUUGAUUAUCCUAGAUUUGUUGUAGUGUUCUAUUUUUCAGGCUUGGAAUUUUCAGGUGCAAUCACAAAUUUGUCUCAUUAUGUUUAUUAAUGUAACCCAGUUAACAGACCCCUUGCCACUCAUUGUGCUUUUUUUUUUCAACUCAACCAUUUUCACAAACAUACUCCAUAGGAUUAUGAAAGUGGGAUUCCCCUAGAAUACCUUAAAGGACUUGAUGCAUCCUAUAAAAAGUUCUUGGAGGAAAUGAGGUUAGACAAAACCUUUCAAAUGAAGUUUGUCUUGUUUUUCUUUCUAGGAAGUUUAAGGUACAUAAACAAGCAGUCUUGCUGAUAAUUGUCAGUUGAAACCCUAGAAAGAGCAUAGAUAUUUAAUUUAAAUAAGUCUCAAAAUUAUUAAGCCACUGCAACCACUUUUGAAGCCAAGUACCCAGGAGACUGUUACAAAAUCAUUGUAUUACUCGCAUGUGACAUAGUUCCCUUUGUUAAUACAUUGGAAACAGUAAUUUGGCUCUCAAAGUUUUGAAAGUAGUUUGAAGAAAAUGAUAAGGAAUUCCUAUUCCAUGUGAGUUACACCAGUGCCUCCAAUCUUUGUCCUUAGUCAUGCAGUUAUGUAAUUUAACAAACAAAUUUUUUUAUGUUGUUAAUUUAAAUUCAAGACAAGAGAUAAUAAUAAUGGUAGAUCUGUAUCCUUUUAGGCCUAUUGUGUUGAAUUUUCUUUUGUAAGGUCACUCUUAUUUGCACUAAGGUUAUUCACAUGAGAAAGGGAUAACUGUCUCUAUAUUUGCAGAAAUGUUAGAUCCAGAGUUUUGGAAUAUAACUGGACAGAUUUUGGAUAUAACUUUGAAGUGAGUAUAAUAGUUGAUGUACUUCAUACUGUAUGUAUGUUACUGGACUUGUGUCUUACUUUGCAAUAAAAGGACUAAGGGAAAAAAAAAAGUUGCUUUAAAUGCACCUCUUUAUCAGGAGAAUGGGAGCAUACUUAAAUUGUAUCAGUUCCAUGUAAGAAAUAAGUUAUUAUUUAACCACAUUUUAAUGAUGAUCUCAACCCCUAAAUCAGUAAGUUGUUCUUUCUUUGCAAGGAUGUAAAGUUCAAAUGAAACUUCUUGUGAAACUAUGUUGUUUAAUUGCCGGUCACUUUUUUUUUAUUUGGCUUAAGUAUUAUGGUUUUGUGUUCCAUUAGGUUGCAGAAGAUAUUAAAAAUGGUGUUGUUUCAAGCUGGAAGGAAGAAGAUCUAUAUGUCUUUAACAAACUGUAAGUUUUGCUUAAUUUUUUUGAGGAGGUAAUAUAAACACAUACAUUUAAAUUUGAUUGAAAGGUAAGAAAGAGAAAAGGUAUAAUAAUGUUUUAAAAUUUCUUUGCUGAGGUAUAGAGUAUUUAAGGUUUGCAUUAUUCUGCUUCAGAGUAUCAGAUGAAUCACUCAUCAAGGAAGCAUUGAUGCUAAAUCAUUUUGUUCCAGAGGCUGAUAUCAGUGAGGAAGAAGAGGUUUGCAUAACUUUUUUCUAUCAUCUGCUUUUUACAACAGUUUACAGCGAUCAAUAAAUCAGAACCACUACAAUGUAUUGGCAGAUCACAAAACAAAAUUAUUGAAUAAGGAAGAUGGUGAAUUUUGAGCUUAGCUAUGAGAAAAGGAAAGAUCUUUGUGUCUGUCAGGUCUGGAACACUUAAAAAAGCAUUUUGUUCCCCAUUAGGAAUAAAACUGCAGCCUUUAUGCUUUGCCCUCCAAUGUCCUGCCACUGAUUUACAGGCAAAUUAAUGAUGAGCUAGGCCAUGCUGGGAUUGGCUGAGUAGUAAAAAAGGAAAGUUGUAUGAGGGUGUUACCAUGGAAUUAAAAUCAGGGAAUUGAAAGAGUGGUUUGAAUUACUGCAUCUUUAAAAGAAAGGUGCCCUUUAACCCUUUAACUCCCAAGAUCUGAUUGAUAAUUCUCCCUUCCUGCUGCUUCACAUUUCCUUGUAGAUUAGUUAUGAGAAUUUGGUGUUAGAUCAGGAUAAAAAUUCUACCUGGUACACUUGAAUACUAUCAUUGCCUGUUUGCUGGAUAAUGCUUUAAUAUCAUAGGGAUAAGUUUUAUGUUAAUCACUUCUGGGAGUUAAGGGCUGAAGAGUUUUUUUAUCAGGGUUACUGGGGUUUCAGUAGAUCCAAUGAAGUAUGAGUGGCUUUCACUGAUACAAGAAACUCUCAACUUUUGAGUGACAAGCAGUUACUUUUAAACUAGACUGCAAAUAAGACAUUUCUAUCCAUUUUUGUGCAUUUUGUUUCGUGGUAAUCUCUUCUCUUAGGUUAAACUUUUGUUUGCUUGUUACUUACCUUUAUUUGCUCUUAAUGCAUGCCCUUUCCAGUGUUUUUCUUUGAUCAGCUAUUUAAGUAAGGUUUUUUUUUUUUUUAGGAUGAUACUUCGACAGUAGAACCACAAUCCCAGCCUACAUGUAAAUCAAAGCAAAUCAGUGAGACAUCAAAUGCAAGUUCAUCGCAGAAGUCAGAGUCAUAUUUGGAAAGUUAAUUGCUGUUACUUCCUUAACUUAGUUAAAAAGUCCCAAUGUUAACAAUUUUGCUAAAACUCUAUGUAUUUAUUGUGAUCUGCUAAACUUUUAUAAAUUUCAUAUCUUAACAGCACAAUCUUGGUUGUUAACAGACAAAAAAACCAGAUUUGUAAAGAUCCAAUUUUUGGUGAAAGAUAGUUCCAUGAUCACAAACACAGAAGUGAACAACAUUAUAGUGCAUUUUCAAUAUUGAAAUUAAGAGCUUUUAAAAAUGUUUUUUAUCAACUGAUACGAACGUUGGACAAAAUUAUACAUUCUUUCUAAUCAUUUUAAAGAGUCAACUGGGUUAUUUAUGUGUAUUUUAGGCUUGAAUAGCCCAGGAUUCAAAUUUCACCUCGCAACAAAGGUUGUUAUUGCCAUUAUACAGAGUGAAGCUACUUUGCCUAGGAAGAGUUUACUUUGUCAAGUCUGGUCUAUUUUUGUUAAUGGCUUUGGUUUGGUGGUAUUUUCCAAAAAUUCUGAGUGUUUCUCAUUGUUCCCAGAAAGGUCACUGUUUUGUCAUUUACCAAGAGACCGUUUAAGGAAAAUUUUAAAAAUUCCUAGAACUUACUAUAUUUUUAUAAAAGCCCACUGAGUCUCUCCCCCCAUUCAAACCCACCCACCCCACCCCCCCACUUUUGUUCCUGCAAGUUGCUGGCGAUCAUUUGUUGUAAAACCAGAAUGGAUGAAUUAUCUAUGAAUAAUACACUUGUGUAUUUGGAAUGUAUUUGGUGUCAUUUCCAUCAAAUAAAUCAG